UUCAUCUUUUCUUCUCUGUAUAUAUUUGUGUUUCUACAUUGUAAUUCAAUUGAUAGGACUUUUGCAUUUUGUUAUUCAUCUUCGAUUAGCGUCAGUGGAGCCCCAUUCUUGCUCAGAUUCGACUUGAACUGCCCAUGGGAUCAGUCUUGAGGCCAAAUGGCCCUUUCAACGUCAAGAGAAUCGCUGUUAUAGGGGCCGGGCCAACAGGCCUCGCAGCAGCAAAGUAUCUCGUAGCCGAGAGAGUCUUUGAUACUGUUGAUAUUUACGAGCAACAGGCAGAAGUAGGAGGAGUAUGGAAUUAUACUCCAAGUUUGGCCGAAAGAGUCCCUGUGCCUCAGACGUCUCCACAUGUUUCUCCCGCGAAGCCAGUAUGGCCGAAGGAUGCAGCUGCUCCAAUAUUCUCGAAUCCGAUGUAUGAACGUUUAAACACAAAUAUUCCAAAGAACUUAAUGCAGUUUUCGGACCUGGAUUUUCCUUCAGAAUCUCUGCUUUAUCCAAGCCGGCAAGAUGUGCAGAAAUAUCUGAUCAAGUAUUCUCAAGAUAUACGACAUCUCAUCAAUUUCUCCACACAAGUGGAAGAUAUUAAGCUUACACGGGUGGAUGACCAAGAUCAUUGGACUCUGGUUGCCAAGUCGACGGUGACCGAGGAGGAGUCAUGUAAAGAGUAUGAUGCUAUCGUGGUAUCCAAUGGCCAUUACUCAGUACCAUGGAUUCCUGACGUGCCUGGAGUCAAAGAGUUCGGUACCACUUACCCUUCCGUCAUAUCCCAUUCCAAAAUAUAUCGGUCACCGGCAUCAUAUGCCGGUAAGAAAGUCAUUGUAGUCGGGAAUGCAGCCUCUGGCUUGGACAUUGGGAAUCAAAUCAGCGCUGUGUGUAAGACUCCACUUCUCAACUCGGUUCGAGAGCCGGCGGAGCUUCCAAUCGGCGUAGACACAAAGGAAGAAGUCCCUACUAUUGCAGAAUUCUUGAUUGAUGAUCGAGGAGUGCGAUUCGAAGAUGGCAGAGUCGAGAAGGAUGUCGAUGCGAUCAUAUACUGCACAGGCUAUCUCUAUUCAUAUCCGUUCAUGAAAUCGCUUGAACCUCCCUUGGUUGCAACAGGACGUCGGACCAUUGGACUUUGGCAACAAGUUUUUAAUAUAGCCCAUCCAACACUUGCUUUUACAGCGCUGAGUCAAAAGAUCAUCCCUUUCCCACUGUCAGAAGCGCAAGGAGCGGCAAUAGCGAAAGUAUGGUCGAAUAACAUAUCCCUCCUCACUACCGAGGAGAUGGAAGCAUGGGAGAGAAGUAGAGUCGACGAGCUAGGAGAAGGCACGGCUUUUCAUGUUUACGGAUAUCCGAAAGAUGCUGAAUAUAUUAAUUACCUUCAUGAUUGGGUUAUGACAGCCGAGAACGGUUUCUCGAAAGAGCCUCCUUUCUGGGAUGAGCGAAAGCGAUGGCUUCGCUCUAUCUACAUUGAUGUGAAAAAGAGGUUCAAUGAGACGGGAGGAAAGGCAACGACAUUGGAGGAGCUGGGCUUCCAUUUUGAAGAAUAUUCCUAG